CGCGCCGAAACUAGGUGAGCGAGCCGCAGAGUCAGAGCGGGACAGAGCUGUGAGAAGACACCGAGCUGUAGCUGCUUUAUUACCGCAUAGGUGUUUUAGCAAAACGGUCAACCUAAGACUGGCGCAGCUGACAGAAAGUAGAAAACUAAACACACCGUUGCUUCUGUUUAUUUUAAGGUUGACGCAUGCGAAGAAAAGGUAGAAAAUCCAUGAGUAUUUUCUGUUGUGACAAUUCUCAGCUGCUCCGCUUUGGAGCAAAUAAGUGCGCGUCGCUCUCAGUGUUUCUUGGCUUCAUUUCCACCUGGAGUUGUAUGACUUGAAGAGUUGGCUAGACUUCACCGCCGACAUGAGAGCUCAAAUAGAGGUGAUUCCAUGUAAAAUCUGUGGGGACAAAUCAUCAGGGAUUCACUAUGGUGUCAUCACCUGUGAAGGCUGCAAGGGUUUCUUCCGACGCAGCCAGCAGAACAAUGCUAUGUAUUCCUGCUCACGACAGAGGAACUGUUUAAUUGACCGGACCAACCGUAACCGUUGUCAGCACUGCAGGCUGCAGAAGUGUCUCGCGCUGGGCAUGAGCCGUGAUGCGGUCAAGUUUGGUCGAAUGUCCAAAAAGCAGCGCGACAGCCUGUAUGCAGAGGUCCAGAAGCACCAGCAGUCCCAGGAGUCUGCGGGGCUCAGUGUCCGUGAGGAGAAUAGCAACAUGGCUGACCACUGCCGCACUUACAGAAGAGGCUCCAGCACCACGCUCAGCGACCUGGACGACAUCACCAUGCUGCCAGAAGGCCUGCUUUUAGAUCUGCCGCUGACCCCAGAGGAUGGAUGUAGUGAGUACUGUAACCUGGACAUGAUGGGUGGCAGCGCAGGCAGCAGCUCGUCCUCUCAGAGUUCACCAGAACAGACCAACUACGACUUCGUAGACGCCCACCACAGCAUCAAGCAUGAGUACCAGCUGUUGCACGACUCUGGACUCUUCUCACAUGCUAUCCUCAACCCGCUGCCUGAGGGCUGCUCCCUGCUUGAGAUAGAGUGUAUAACUCAGAGUGUGCUGAAGUCCCAUAUAGAGACGAGCCAGUACAGCACAGAGGAGCUAAAGAGAAUGGCGUGGACCUUGUAUAGCCCGGAGGAGAUAAGCUCAUACCAGACCAAGACAGCUGAGGCGAUGUGGCAACAAUGUGCCGUUCACAUCACCAAUGCAAUCCAGUAUGUAGUAGAGUUUGCCAAGCCCAUCGCUGGCUUCAUGGACCUCUGCCAGAAUGAUCAGAUUAUCCUCCUCAAAGCAGGCUGCAUGAAUGUUCUUCUGAUCCGUAUGUGUCGGGCCUAUAACCCCAUCAAUAAUACAUUGCUCUUUGAUGGAAAGUUUGCCACUGCUGAUCUUUUUAAAGCCCUUGGCUGUGACGAUCUUGUGAAUGCAGUGUUUGACUUAGCUAAAAGCCUGAGCCGUAUACAGAUGUCCGAGGAAGAGAUGGCUCUCUUCAGUGCUGUUGUGCUGCUUUCACCAGACCGACCCUGGCUGACAGAUGUUCAGAAGAUACAGAAGUUGCAGGAGAAAGUCUACGUGGCUCUGCAGCGCUGCCUACAAAAAGAGGGAGCAUCAGAAGAGAAACUAGCCAAGAUGGUGUCCAAGCUUCCCAUCCUGAAGUCCAUUUGCAACCUUCACAUCGACAAACUGGAGUUUUUCCGUCUGGUCCACCCUGAGACAGCAUAUACCUUUCCUCCUCUGUAUCGGGAGGUUUUUGGCAGUGAAAUCUCCUUCCCAGACUCCACAGAGGGCUAACAACGUUUAGCUAAAUAGCGGGAUUCAAACAGAGACAUUGAGGUGUAGGGAGGGGGAGAUAAUGUGGCAACCAGCUGAGGCUAAAACCAACCAGCAGCUCAAUGACAAUCCUGCACGCUACACUUUAGGACACACUCCUCUCACCGAUGAGCUCCCAGCCCCGUGGAGUAGCUCACACUGCCCUGCAAGCCAGUCCGUUCAGCUUCAGCGUAACACUAUAGGAACUGCUGCUGCAGUGCAUGUUACCUCUUUUUUAGGGACUUAUUAAAGAGUAGCCGACAUUUGUAUUCUCAAAAAUAUUUUUCUAUGAGAAGACCUUAAACCUCUCAUGAAGCUGAAUUUGACUUUCACCAUUCUCACAGUUCCUGUAAGCUAUCGUUGAAUGUAACCCCCUUUUCCCCUUUACCCUUCAGCACAGCCCUAGGCUCGAUAUAGAAUGUACAUACUUAAAAUCCUCACCCACUUUGUGGCGGUUUGCAGUAUUUGCAUUCAUUAUUUUCGGUAGCACCCAUAUUUUGCAGUUUUGUAAUGUACGAACAAACUGUUUAAAGGGACCAUGAUCAAACUCACAAACAGACAGGGUUUUUAAACUGUGUGAAUCAAGGGCAGACAUUUAGAGUGUCUGCCCCUGUGCACCUACAAACUCUUGCUUACAGAGCCCAACACAUGGCACUUAUCUUUGUAGGUAUUUUUACUAGUACACCUACAGACACUGACAUAGGUGAGCUCUUUUCUUUUUUUAUGCAAUCAGUGACCUCAGCCCUAAUACCUUUUCCCUUUGAAAACGCCACUUUGAGAGAGAGAAUCACAAAGGUAUUUUGAAAGUAUUUUCAGAUGCUCCUUUUAAUAUAUAUAUAUAUAUAUAUAUAUAUAUAUAUAUAUAUAUAUAUAUAUAUAUAUAUAUAUAUAUAUAUAUAUAUAUAUAACCUUUAGAAUCAUGUAAGAUAAGAGCAGUCAUGAGCUCAGUUCUCUAAAAAACAGAAACUGCCUGCCCAAACUUUGGGGUUCUGGGACGGAAAGAUUGUUAUUGCUGGAAAGACACUUAUGAGUCCUUGUUAGAAUCCAAAAUGAACCAUUGGCACAAGACUUUACGGGUUCACACUCAGACUGCCAUCUGUAAAACGUACAUUAAACCAGCCAGAAAUGCUAGAUACGCCCUCCCACUGUAGAUCCAGUAAGCUGGGUGAACAAGGUGCUGGGCAGCCGACCACUGUGGGGUUAUGUGCUCUCUCCGUGGAGGAACAUCUGGAACUGUCACACCUCAGGCCCCCUGUGCAGAAGAGUGCCAUGGCUCAAAACCUCCAGCAGCGUCUUAACCAGCAGAUUCAAAAGACUGGGUUUAAAGAAAGAAAAUGAACUGAGAGUUUGAUGUUGAAAUGUGACAGUUGACCACAUUCCCACCCACAUGGUUGGAUGAGGAGAGUGGACUUGUGGGUGAGGGUGUUUCUUAAGCUCCCUAGUCAUAAAUUAGAGGGGAUUUACUGUCUGCGUCAACUCUCACUGCUUCGGGUUGAGGCAGACACAGGAAGCCAAGGUGUUCUGAUUGGAGAAUUAGCUCCUCUGUUCCUUUUCCCCGCGCUCCCUUACUACCUCACCCUCUUCAAACACUACAUGGCACAGCAAAGGGUUGACAGAGCCAUCAGCUACCCCCCUGAGUUAGUAUUUCUGCUUACAUACUAGAGAUUUUCUUCAAAAACGUAACGAUUAGUGGUGAAAUUUGAAGGCCAGUGAUGACAAAACUUUCCUAAAAUAUAUUAUUAUGCUCGUAAAACUGGAUAGAAGACAAAAAGCUAAACUAAACUGCUGGAUGUACUUACUCAUCUCUGACUGCUUUUCUGUCAUUUGAGAGCAGUUCAGGUCCAGGAAGCCCUACUUAGAUACAGAUCUAUCUGAAGUAAAGUCUCUGGAGAUACGAGGGUGUGUCCAGAUGAAAUCCUUUUUACAAAGUAGGGGGGCAUAUUGGAUUUCUGUAUAUGUGUCAUUCUGCCAGUGUCCUAAAGAAGCUGCUAGAAAAGAAUAGUUGUAAUCGUUGCUGUUUUUAUCUGAAGCAUUUUAAGACAAUCACACGCCAUAUUUUGGAUGUCUGGCUCUAUUUAAUAUGUCAGCCUGGUUUGCUUUGCACUGCUGGGACAGUGCUCCUCACCAUACAUUAUCUCACAAAGUAUGAAGGGGUAUUACUCUUUGCUGGGUACGUAAAACAGUGGCAUGGUGGGAUUGUGCAAUAAGGUCUUUCCCAUUCUCAGUAUGUUGGGCCUUUGUUGCUAUGUAUUACUGUACAUUUUCGAAAGCACUCCAACACCUCGCAGCAUGACAAAUAAUGUAUAUAAUGCACCAAAUAUACAGCCAACCAACACACAGGUCAGCUCUCAGCUGACAUGAUGACCGACAGAUGACACUUACAGAUUGUAACAAAGUGCAAUACUUUGUGUGUUUGGAGUGUAAGACAUGCUGAUUUGAAAGGAUUUAGUAUACUUUAUACUUUAUGCAGGCCUAUAAGCUGUCCAGUGGGCAGCAGUGAAGAUCUGCACUUGUAUUUCCGGUUAGGGUUGUUACUCAGGGAGAUAGCUGGGCUCUCUGUCCUUCAGUGUCUGCAGUUCGUCUAUAGCUAGCAAGACACGUGGCACCAUAAUAGAAGAUCUUAAAACCUUGAUCACUGUGUACAGUACAUGUUCUUGUGAAUGUUUGACUUCAGAAGUAUCAAAGAUUUUACCCCUGUCUAAUAUCAUUAUUGCAAGACUUUUUUUUUUUUUUGAGUUUGAGUCAUAGAUUAAAUAGGAUAUUAAAAAAAAGUAAACAUAGUACAGUAAAUAUAAAAGAUGGAUUAUUAUCUCUGAAUCUUGUGUUGGUUUUGUUGUGAUCUUUUGUUUCUUAAUUUUUUAUCCCUAUGUGUACUGUUUCUUUUCUCAUCAGUUUAGUGUUCUUUAUGUCUUGGAGAGAUGUAAUUCUAUUUUUUUAAAAGAGCGUUUUUAAAGAUGUCUCCCUAAAAGUUUCUCUUGUCAUGAUCCUUGUUUAUAUGUUCACUCUAUUUUAAGAUUAUUAUUAUUAAAUCAAUAUAGAUUUUAAUAAGAAAUAAUUUAUGGUAUGUUAUGGGUAUAAAGCCCAAGAGGUUUGAACACAGUAAAGUUUUAUUGCACAAUGGUGAUACAAUAUGUGGAUUUAAGAAUGUAAUAAAAGGCUUUUUACAAUUAAGAAAAAA